GAUCCGGCGAUGCCAUGGCGGCCUCCGUGCUGCGUCUGGGCAUUCCUGGAAGACGCUGGGCUUUAGCGUGGAUUGACGGCGGUUCCCGCCACCGAAGUGGGACUCAGCCUGGGCCCACGUCCAACCGGGCUAGGGGACAGAGUUCAGUGGCUCAGCUUUCCCUCCGUACGGCUCAGAAGCCGAGGAAAGGUGAACACAAAUGGGCAGCUGUGGUAGGACUGGAAAUUCAUGCUCAGAUUUGCUCCAACUCUAAGCUCUUCUCUGGAGCGCAGGUGUGCUUUGCAGCACCCCCGAAUUCUUUGGUUUCUUUUUUUGAUGCAUCUCUGCCUGGAACUUUGCCGGUUCUCAACAGGAGGUGUGUGGAAGCCGCGGUGAUGACCGGCUUGGCACUGAACUGCCACAUCAACAGGAAGUCCCUGUUUGACAGGAAACACUACUUCUACGCAGACCUUCCUGCGGGUUACCAGAUCACCCAGCAGAGGCUCCCGAUUGCUACCAACGGACACUUGACAUACAACAUCUACAUAAGGAAGAAACAGAGUCAGGUGACCACCAAGACAGUGAGGAUCAAACAGAUCCAGCUGGAGCAGGACAGUGGCAAAAGCCUCCACGAUGACCUGAGGUCCCAGACUCUCAUUGAUUUGAAUCGAGCUGGAGUUGGCCUGCUCGAAGUGGUCCUGGAGCCUGACCUGUGCUGUGGGGAAGAGGCAGCUGUGGCUGUCAGGGAACUGCAGCUGAUCCUUCAAGCCCUGGGGACCAGCCAGGCGAACAUGGCAGAGGGUCAGCUGAGAGUAGACGCCAAUAUAUCCGUACAUCACCCCGGGGAACCUCUGGGUGUCCGGACAGAAGUGAAGAAUCUCAACAGCCUCAGAUUCUUGGCCAAAGCCAUAGACUAUGAAAUUCAGAGACAAAUCACUGAACUUGAGGAUGGAGGUGAAGUUCUAAAUGAAACUCGUUCCUUUGAUUAUAAGCUGGGGUGCACCGUGCCGAUGAGAGACAAAGAAGGCAAACAAGACUACAGGUUUAUGCCAGAGCCUAACCUGCCCCCCUUAGUGCUCUACGACGCCACAUCGCUGCCUUCAGAUGCAGACUCUCAGCAGGUGAUCAAUAUCGACCAGCUUCGGGACAUGCUCCCGGAGCUUCCCAGUGCAACCAGAGAGAGGCUUGUCCAGCAGUAUGGGAUGCUGCCAGAGCACAGCUUCACAUUGCUGAAUGAAGUUGGCCUCCUGGAGUUCUUCCAAAAUGUGAUAAAAGAAACUAGGGCAGAGCCAAAAAAGGUGACUAACUGGGUCCUGAACACUUUCCUGUACUAUUUAAAGCAACAGAAUCUUGCAGUCAGUGAGAGUCCUGUCACACCUGGUGCACUGGCCGAACUUCUGGACCUGCUGGACAGUAAAGCAAUUUCCUCAGCAGCAGCUAAACAGGUGUUUGAGGAGCUGUGGAAGGGCCAGGGGAAGACAGCAGCACAGAUCAUGUCAGAGCAACAGCUGGAGCUGAUGCAGGACCGCGAGGCCCUGGAACAGCUCUGCCAGGCCACCAUAGAUGGACACCCCCAAACGGUGAUGGAUGUGAAGAAAAGGAACCCCAAAGCUAUAAAUAAGCUGAUUGGGUUGGUCCGCAAAGCAAGUCUCAGCCGAGCAGACCCAGCGCUGAUAAAGGAGAUACUGGAGAAGAAGCUGUCAUUGUGAGAUGUGGUUCUGAAGUGACACAGCUCAUCUAAAAACGCCAUAAAAGAACCCUGAAAUGAAUAUGGGGACAAAAUCCUGUGGCCAGGGUUAACUCAAAGACAAGAGCAUCCACAUCAGCAAGCGGACUCCGCAGGGGAAUCACAGACACCGACUGGCCCUGCCUUCCUCUCCCUCGCCCACAGUGCUUUCCCCCUAAAGAACCUUACAGAAAAUCUCUUGAUGAAGCCCUCUGUAUCUAGGCAAUUAGCUGCCGAGAUAAUCUGUCCUCCCAAACAAGUAAUGGACUAGUAAAUGCCUGAAUGUAAGGAGAUUUACUGAGGCAGAAUUAUCCCAGAAGCUAUUCUGAGUCCUCCAAGAGCUUUUUGUGAAGCAUUAAGUUUAUGACGGUCAUUCCAAAAAAAAAAAAAAUAGAAAAAGAAAGAAACAGCCAAUUCCAUUCUCUUCAAAUGUCUCUUUCCCUGACAGACGUAAGGGUAGAGUACACACCCUUGACAAGUUGUUCCAAGCUCACACGGGUGUGUGAUGGAGAUUAGUGACUCACAGACUGGUAAAGGUUUAAAGCUGUUGUGGCUUCAGGAAAAGCCAACUGCAGAACCGACUUGAAGUUUACAGCAGACUGUACAUUAGGCUGUCCUGGGCCAGUGACUUGAAGUGGUGUGUGCCGUAAUAGCUGCCCUGCAUUUUAUAAAGAUGGCGGGUUUGACAGCCAUGUCUGCAAACACACAGCUGAACUAGACUACCCUUAAGUGAGAAUUGGAGCAUGGUCAUUUAACAUCAUGCUGUGACAUGCCCCACCACUCUGGCCAGACUUCCCUACUGAGAGCCACCUGGCAUACGCUAAUCCCAUAUGGGUAGCCACAUCACAACUUUAGACCUCUAAAUGGAGCUUGAAGCAAAUGCACGUGACAGCCGGGAUGCAGAUGCUCGCUGCCCAAACUGGAGCAACCCAAACCAUUCACAGCUCCCGUUUCUAGAUUCUGUUCACAGGCUGACAACACCCCGCCUCAGGACAUCUUGAUGGGCUGAAAACCAAGCACCACAUCUAACCCAAAUAAAGGCCACUGGCUCAGGACCUGUCCAUGUCACUGAGGACCGCGUCACACAACAGACAUCAACGCCACUCUCAGCAGGUCACAGCACCUUCCACAAUGAUACUAAACCAAACGGGGGCAACCCCACAGUGCCUCUGCCACAGAAAGGAAGCGUUAAGUAAUAAAACCACCUUUAAUUAAUUCUUCUUGCAACUGCACGUCAUAUCUGGGAGAUUGUAAUUCGUCCCAUGAAAAUGUGUUUUAAACUGAAACUACACUGGAUUUUCUUUGUUUGAAUUUUUACAUUUACCUGACGAUUUUCAAAAUCAGUUUUAACUAUCCCUGUGUGCUCGUGUAUUUUGAACCAUAAAUUCCUUCAGUGUAGACCUUAAAUCAGACUCUGAAUUAUAGAUCUAGGUUAAUGCUGUGAUGUUCCAGGAACCCUCUGCUCCCUGUCCCUGCUGUGGUCUGUCAGGCUAGACACGGUGACGCCAGUCCAGGGUCUGUUGCCCCUCAAGCAUGGCAGCUGAUGACACCUGUCACAGGGACAAGGACAUAGUCCCCGGACCAUAUUUUAAAGUCAGAUAGUUUUAAAAAUUCUCCCAAAAUGUAUUACCAAAAAAGAGAAUAAAAAGGUUCAGCUUGUGAACUUUGGGACUAAAAUAACCUACCUCACGGCUGCUCCUUCUCACAGAGAGAGGGCUCCUGUCAUCACCUGCCUGCCGAGAGCGGCGUUCACUCAAAUUGUCAUGACAUUUGCUCUUGGCAUGUCCAUGUCCACACCAUCCCUGGCUACUUAGCUCAGGUGCACGGGCUUUGAGGUUCUCAGUGCUCCAUUCCCAGCUCAGGUUUCUGACUUCCAUUUUGUCAGACUGAGCACAGUCCUCUUAGGGAAGUCUGUAAGGACUCAAACAGAUGGAGUUAGAGUUGUCAAGUGAGUUUGCUAUCAACAUCCUACACCAGGUAAUCUGAUUUCCUGCCCUUUCACCCGAUACUCAGGGCAGUCAUCUCUGCCCCGCCUUUUACCAUAAGUGUGCCUCAGUACCUCGGGGUGGUGAGGGGGAUGACACCCAAAGUCACUUUCCCACAGGCCCCUGCCACAGGGGGUGUAUAAUUAAUAAAUAAGUAGAAAAGGUAUAGAGUAUAGCUAAGUAGCAGCAGGCUUGCCUAGCAGUUUUAUUUUUUUAAGGAAUAAAAAGAAAUGUGGACAUGAAUACUGAUAUUUAAAGUCAUAAAACCACAAGGUUAAAGAACUCCCAUUUGUAGAUAUGGCUUCAGCAUUCAGUGGCAUGGCAAGCUCAAAUAACCAGACAAAGUGGUGUGUGAAGGGGUAGCAGUUCCUCUCACUAACAGAAGGGGUAACAGUUCCUCUGGGAGACCUGUGAGCACGCAUCAGAAGGGCAGGAGCAGGCCGGUUUGCUGUGCCUCCCACACGAUGGCCGCUGCACCAUUACUUGGCAAACCUCUCUUAAGUCAGCAAUGUUCCAUGGACGGGUAUCAGGCUCCUGUUUAGCCUGUGGCAUACUCACCCGGCCCAGGGCAGAUCUGCGCAUUCGUCCCAUGGGGCCUCCUUAAUCCGAAGCUGUAGGUCCCCAGCAGGCACCUAGCUUCACCAGCUCCCUGGGAUCUGUAUGCAUUUCCAUCCAUGCCUCCAGUUAGCAAAAUGAAAUAACUACCAGUGUUUCUACAGGUUUCAGUUAGUAGAAUUUUAUCUUUUGCAUUUCAAAUUCUGCCCUCCCCCCGCCCGCCAAGUUCUCUAUAGCUUCACAAGUUAACGUUUCUUUUCAUAAAACAAAUAAUAAGGGUUGGGUUUUUAGUGUAUGAUACCACACUGUUCACCUGAUCACAUGCCUGAGGUCCAGAGUUUGCAUAGGUACGCUUCAUUUUGUGCAAAUCG